CUUCUAUCUCAUUGAAUAAAUAGAAUGAGCUUUGAACAAACAAUUAAACAAGUAAGCUCUCAAAUAGAAGAUGUAUUGGAUAUAUUAGGACAGCCAAUAAAGCCUUAUUUACCUGCUUUAAGUCGAUUCUUGGUUGUUGUAACAUUUUAUGAAGAUGCUAUUCGUAUGAUAGUCCAAUGGACGGAUCAAAGACAAUACUUGGAAUAUCAUCGAAACUUUCCUCCAGUUAUAUCCCAUCUUUUCUUGCUGUUCAAUAUUAUUUCUAUGUCGACUUUCUCCUCUACUUUAAUUGCUAAGCGUCAUAUCAAUUUAUCUGUUUCUGUACUUAUCAGUGUUAUUGUGUUUCAAGCCUUAGGUUAUGGACUUAUGUUUGAUAUGGUAUUCUUUUUACGCAAUUUAUCAAUUAUUGGUGGCCUUUUAUUAUGUCUUUCAGAAUCGCUAUUACGUAGCAAAAAGCAAUCUAAUCAAAAAUCACUAUUUGCAUCUCUACCUACUAUGGCCUCUGAUACCGGACGGCAUCCUUAUUUUCAACUAGCAGGACGUAUCCUUUUGGUUUUAUUGUUUUUAGGCUUUGUCUUUCAGGGGGAAUGGAAUCUUUUGCGAGCUUUAGUGUCUUUAAUUGGAUUUGCUGCCUGUGUCAUGGUUGCAGUCGGUUUUAGAGCCAAAUGGUCUGCUUCUCUUCUAGUAACAUUCCUCUGUAUUAUGAAUGUAUUUGUGAAUAAUUGGUGGGCUAUCUAUCAAUCAGAUUAUAAUCGAGAUGUAGUCAAGUAUAACUUUUUUCAAUGUCUUAGUAUUAUGGGUGGACUUUUAUUAUUAAUCUCCAUUGGCCCAGGACAUUUAAGUUAUGAUGAGAAAAAGAAGGAAUAUUAAUAUUAAACCAACCAAAAAAAAAAAAAAAAAAAAAAA